GGCAAAAGUCCAAUAUGGCGCCCAGCUCAAAAUCUGAGAAAGAUGACAACAAACAAAAACAUCAGAGAAAACACAAAGAUCACAUUAUCAAACUUCUAACGCGUGGACGGCUGAAUGGACAGCUCUCUCAGCGGUUCUUCCGGAAACUUCCUCCUCGUGUGUGUGUCCCUCUGAAAACCAUCGUCAGUGAGGAGUUCCUCAGAGCAGGGCACAUCUUCCUGGGCUUCACUAAGUGCGGUCGUUACGUGCUGUCUUACACAAGUGACUGUGGAGAAGAUGACGAUUUCUCCUUCUACACGUAUCACCUGUACUGGUGGGAGUUUAACCUGCACAGCCGCCUCAAACAGGUGCAUCAUGUGCGAUUGUUUGCAGGUGAGGAUAUUUACAGUGAUCUCUAUUUGACUGUGUGUGAGUGGCACAAUGAUCAUUCCAAGCUGGUCGUCUUUGGCUUCAACACUCGCAGCUCCAGUUCAGCCCUGAUGAACAUGAUGAUGAGUGACGAGAACAACAGAGACAUUUACAUCACAAUCACCUCAAUGCCUCCAGCACAACCCUGCAAACAGUGCUGCCCCACCUCCUCUGUGUCUACCAUACGCACAGGAGGGGAGUGUCUGCAGCACGGUUAUGUUCUGAAUGCUCGCUAUCAGGUGGUUUAUCCGUUCCCAACGUUCCAGCCCGCACUGCAGCUGAAGAAAGACCAGGUGAUUCUACUGAACACCAGCUACUCUCUGGUGGCCUGUGCCAUCUCCCUCUGUCCAGGAAAUGGGCAACAGGACGGUCAGAAUAAUCAGAUUCUGUACAGAAAGAGAGAAGUCCCUUCCUCUUCCUCCUCCUCUUCUUCUACUGCUGCUGGACCUACCUCUCCAUCUUCAUCCUCAUCCUCAUCAGCCUCGUCUCAGGGGUCACCCGACUUCAGGCAUAUAAAGCCUCAUGUCUCUUCGCACUCUCCCGGCCAAUCACAGGCCGCUGUGCGAGCCAGAGAGUUUGCGGCUGAUAUUUUCCGCCGAGCUCAGGCCGGAGCAAGAGAUGGAGACGCUUAUGGACAAAAGAGAGACCAUGACAGGUGCAAAGUCAGAGAGAAAGUAGAGGAAGACCGAGACGCGGAGGUCCCCGGACCCUCUACCUCCUCUUCAGGACAGAAACAAAGUUUAGCUCCACCUACAGAGGCGAAGGAAAGCGUGACAUGCAAAGAAGUCGUGUCCCCGGGGUCCUCGUCCUCUGUGUCCUCUCUGUCUCCUAAUGCUCAUGAGUUUUCAACAUCAUCUUCCUCCCCAUCUGAGCCAGCUUAUGUCAACUACACCACUCUGAGAUACAGACUACAGCAGACCGGAGCGUCAGAACAGACAAAUGGAGAGGAGGAUGAUAAAGUUCAGCUUCCUUUCACUGUGACCGAUCUAAAGGGCCGAAACUUACAGCUGGUGACCGGACAAGACGGUGGUCAGUGUGUGUGUGUCGAGCAGCUGACGCUGGAUUUUGAGUAUCUGAUUAAUGAGGUCAUCAGGAAUGAUGCUGAUUGGGGCUCUCAGUUCUGCUCCUUCAGUGAUUAUGAUGUCGUCAUCCUCGAGGUUUGUCCAGAGACGAACAUAGUGGUGAUAAACAUUGGACUUUUACUGCUGGCCUUCUCUAACUGUGAGGAUGAACACUGCAGACCCAAGUCCUAUCACUCCAGUUUGCAGGUCAGUUGGGAUUUAAACACAGGAGCGUGUCGCACAGUCGGUGUGGGUGACCUCACCGAGGUCAAAGGUCAAACCAGUGGAAGUGUGUGGAGCUCUUACAGGAAGUCCUGCGUCAACACUGUCAUGAGGUGGCUCGUCCCAGAGAGCAGCUCGCGCUACAUCAACCGCAUGACCAAUGAAGCUCUGCACAAAGGUUCAUCUCUUCAGGUGUUAGCUGACAAUGACAGAGGCACAUGGAUUGUUCUUUAAGAGAGACGACACACACACACACACACACACACACACACACACACACACACUAACUAACUGCCCCAUCAAUGCUGCUGUGCUCUGGGUCACACAGUGUCAGGACUAAAGAUAUGAUCAAACAGUCUCAUAGACUUUUACAGUCAAAAUGCACCUCUCAGUGUUUCUGUCAUGUUUGUUUGUUUGUUUACGUCCAUCAGUGUGAUUGUGUGGGAACAUUCACUACUUCAGGAUAUUUCAGGGACUUCGUGUGAUCCAACAAACUAUCCCUUUCAUCAACAGACACAUAAAGACAUGUUUGCAUGGUGCUCAGUCCACCUUAAACGCCUGUAACGGCGCUGGACACUCCGGGAUCAUCUUGUAUACUAAAACGUCCUUGUUCCCUUGAAUAUCCGUCCCUGUUAAAACUUUAAGCACAUAAUGAGGCUACACAUGUUAGCUAAAUGAAGUUCCAGUUCAUAUUGUGUUCCUGUAUGAAAAUGCUCCAAAGUAAGUAAUUGAUCAUUUCUAAGUCAAAAGUGGAAGUUUUAAUUCUUUAUGUGGCCAGAAAGCCUGAAAAUGUACUUCUCAGCUGCGGAGGAAGCACCUUAUCUUAAAGGAAACCCUGUGUUGGUUUGGGUGUUGCAGGACACAGUUGUUUACAUUGUUUAGGAUGUGUAUAGAGGUCUGUGUCAUCAGCCAAUCAGAAACUGUAGCUCCUCCCCCUUUAAAAAAAAUACUGGUCAUGGCCUCCGCUGGACUGGAUGAGAAUAUUAUUUUUACUCAACAUGGAUUUACUUUAUUUUUGAUCAAAUUAAAUAAUUCAUGCAUACUUUAAUAUCUAUGACUUUUUUAAUUGCAUAAAAGCGAGCUAAUUUAAUGUAU